AACAGCCACAAGCUAUGCCAGAUAAAUAGGAACGAUCAGGAACGGGUCCCCAACUAGGGUUCUAAACACCCCUACCGGAAGUGCACAUUUUGAUCAUGGCGGCAAAUAAGGAAGCCAUUGCUAUAGUUUUAGAUGUUGGACCCUCCAUGAAUAAUGCCCCACCCGGAGAGGAGACAUUUUUACAGACCGCUAUUGAUGCCAUCACAAGGAUUCUGCAGAGAAAGAUGUUUUCCGAGUCUAAGGAUGAGGUAGCAUUGAUAUUAUUUGGGACUCCAGAUACAGAUAAUCCAUUGGCUGACGGAGAAUGUUAUGAGAAUAUAACCAUUGCCCAGCCGAUGGAUGUGGCCAGCUUUGAAUUGUUGGAGACUGUACAGAAUAACAUACAGUCUACAGAUGUCUCGGCUGACUUUGUGGAUGCCUUAAUUGUGGCAUUGGACCAUCUUGUCAGUUCAACACAAGGAAAGAAAGGAUUCUGUAUGAAGAGAUUGAUCCUGUUGUCUGACUUAGGGGGAGAAUUUGGAGAUGAUCAGAUAGAUACUGUUGUGGCUGGAAUCAAAAACUCGGGCACAGAACUUAAUGUAAUUGGACCAUCCAUAGAGGAGGAUGAUGAUGAUGAAGAUGCUCCGGGACCAUCCACAGCAAAUGGUCAUACUAAAGAUAAGACCCCACAACAAAGAGCUGGAGAGGCCAUGUUAAAACACAUUCUACAGGAAGUUGAUGGAGAAUGUUACAGCUUCAGUGAAGCGUUGCCUGCUCUGAGUUAUUUCCAGACCAGACAGAUCAGACAAACAGCCUGGAAGUGUCAGCUAGAAAUCACAUCAAAUCUCAAGAUCCCUGUCUGUUCUUAUGUCAAGAUGAAGAAUUUCACACUAAAACAAAGUUGGAAGAAAGUUUAUGCCAAGGAUGCCGAUGAGAAAAUCAGUACACUGAGGACUUACCACAUGAAUGAUGAAGAAGAGACUGAGGUCGAAAAAGAUGACAUCGUGGAGGGUCACAAAUAUGGAAACACUUUGGUCCCAAUGUCAGCCGACGACAAAGAAAACAUGAAAUACAGGGCAGAGAAAUGCUUUAAGAUACUGGGAUUCACCAAGGGUGACAAGAUAAAGAGACACCAUUACCUAGGAGAUGGGUCAUCCUAUGUGGUUCCUGAAAAAGAUGAUGAGUCUGCAGCCAUUGCUUUAUCAGCUCUGAUAAAUGCUCUAUAUGAAACAAAUAUGGUGGCCAUUGUGAGGAAAGUCUACAGCGCUGCCUCAGGACCCAAACUAGGAUGUCUGAUUCCUCAUAUAAAAACGGAGUAUGAAUGUUUAAUCUAUGUAGAACUUCCCUUCAGAGAAGAUAUUCGACAAUUUACAUUUGGUUCUUUACCCAUUACAGAGGACACUAAAGUUAAUGUUAAAAACGCACCAUCAGCUGACCAGUUGAAGGCAGUAGAUGACUUAAUCACCGAUAUGGACUUGUCUCAAACGGGGGAUGAUGAAGAAGAUAAAGUUGAAGCAUUGAAACCAAAAUUUGUAUUUAAUCCACAUUUUCAAAGACUGUAUCAGUGUUUACAACAUAGAGCUUUGAAUCCAGAUGAUCAACUUCCUGAAUUAUCUCCCUUGAUAGCCAAUUAUCUAAAACCACCACAGGAAAUUAUAACUAAAUGUGAACCUGAGGUAGAAAAAAUACAGAAAUUAUUCAAAUUAGAAGAGGUCAAACGAAAGGAAGACAGAACAGGGGAGAAGUUAUUUAAAGAUGGGGAUGAAGCUGAAGGAGGUCCUGUUAAGAAACAGAAGUUAGAUGAUGACCUUGAAGGUGGAAUGGAGGACAUCACGAAGGCAGAGGUCACAGAGGUAGGGACAGUCACACCCGUAGAAGAUUAUCUAGCAUUAGUCAACAGAAAAGAUGUGGAUAAAUUUGAUGAAGCUAGUAAACAGAUGCAGAAGAGAAUACAACAAAUAGUAACAGAUUCUUUUGGAGCUCAGUUCUACCCUAAAGCCAUUGAUUGCUUGAAGACAUUGAGGGAACAGUGUAUUAAGAAAAUGGAGGCUAAAUCCUUUAACAUAUACAUGAGACAGUUUAAAGACACAUUAAUACAGAAGGGUCGAAGAGAUUUCUGGGAUGAAAUAGUCACAGAAAAUCUGUCCUUGAUAACCAAACUUGAGAGUGAGGAAAGUGAUGUCAGUGUGGAAGAAGGGAAGAAAUUCACAGAAGAUGAAGAAGACGAUAAACCAAAGACAGAGGAAACACCAGCUGAUGAUGAUGCAGAAGACAUGCUGGAAAACAUGUGAUGAAAUAUUAAAUUGGCAGACAAAGAAGGCAGCAAGUCUAACAACAUCAAAUGUGAAGAUAGAUGUUGUGAAAUGAUAUAAAACAGUAGUUAUGUAUAUUAAAUAUCCAGUGAUCUGGGAUCAAGAAAGUUGGUUCAAUAUCUACACAGGAAUUUGUUUAAUAUCAGAUUAGAUUCAUAGAAUUAGUAGUUAUUUUUUUUCAAUUUCUAGAUAUCAUCUCUUUUAAAAUAAAAUUCUGUAAAAGUGAACUGAUUCAUAUAUAAUAUAUGAAUUAAAGUAGAGGUGUAGUAAAUAUCUAUGAAAAAUUAUGUCAUAAAGCAAGAGGUCAUGUAUAUUUUUUUAUCGAAUAUGCUACUGUAAGCUCAGAAAUUAUUGGGUUCAUUCAUUAUAAUCAUUUUUGAAGAAAGGACAGCAAUGCAAGAUCUAUUUUUGCAAUUUCAUGAAAAUCUGCAAACAAAUACAAAUGUAUCACAAUAUCAGAAUGAGAGUUCAUAUUAUUGCAAUACUCACCUGGUUUCAUAAUCCGUAAUUAUAAAAAUCCUACAAUACUUUCUGACUUUACUGUAUAUAAUUCUAGAAGGCAGCAUUUUAAUUAAAUCAAUUUCUGUCGAGAAUACAUAACUGCUUUUUUCCCCCUGAUUUCUGUUUGGAGGUUGAAUUAAAAAAAUUUGUGAAAAUUUGUUUGAUUAUUUAGGGAAUCACUGAAGCAUGACUGGAGCAGGCUCCCUCUAAGGCAGUAAGUUGUCCCAUCCUUAUGAAAAUUUCUGGAUCUGCCACUGCUGAUCAUACCCUACCUACUUAUGUCAAACUUUUUACUCCUCAAGCAGAAUAUGUAAUCAUUUUUACAGUCACACAUCUUGGGAUUUUUUGCUGAAUUUACUUCAAAAAUCAACUUAAAAGCUUAAAUAGUUUUUUAGUGAUUGCUUAUCUCUUAUAUGUCAUCUGUUGUGUUUAAGCAUUGUAUGUGUAAAUAAAAUAAAAUUAAAAAAAUCAUGUCUGUUUUGUGUAUC